AUCGGACAUUACAGGUGCACGGUGGAGGUUUUUCACCUGCGGUCCUGAGACGAGCUGUGAUAUUUUUUUUUUAACAAACUUCCUUGUAGAUAUCUUCAAAAUAUACAAAUAAACACGUAACAGCAACAGCUCGAAAGGACAUGGACUAUUUAUUUCACUAUGGCGUGGGAAAUGUCUUUAGAGGCGUACCAGGCUGCCUUAAUUCUAGCUGGCUGUGGGGAUGCUUUGGGUUCAGGUAGCAAAGCAACCCUCAAAGAGAUUGGUGUAGUAGAAAACAUUGAUGUCAAACCAGCACAUUGGCCAGUCAGCCAGAACACCGUGUUGCAUCUGGUGACCGCCGAGGCUCUGGCCACCGGUCACCAUGCUGAAAGUUUAUGGCCGGAGUUUGCAACUCGUUACGUGGACUGCAUGUCAGCUUCCAUGAUGUCCAACCGGAGACCGAGUACCAGUAUACUUCGGGCCACUGCUCGCCUGAGACCGUCCGAGACACAGGGAUGGGAGUUGCCCUUCGACGGGUCCCGGACGGCCAUUGAAGCCUAUCCCACCGCCCGUUCAAUGUGCAUUGGACUUCGGUACCACAAACCCAGCCAACUUGGCUCUCUCGUAGCAACAGCUGUCGAAAGCGCUCGGAUGACACACCACCAUCCAACUGCCUAUCUCGGGGCCGUGACAUCGGCACUUUUCACGGCGUACGCGGUCCAAGGAAGGGAGGUUCGCGAAUGGGGAGCCGGACUUCUCCAAGUGAUCCCAGAGGUGCUGGGAUACAUCAUCUCCACCGGAAGAGAUGUUGAUGACAAUCAAAGAGAAUGGUGCUAUUUUGGGGACACGUGGAGGGAGUACGUCGCCAUGCGGGGUAUCUUAGAUGGCGAGAGCAGGCCAAAGUUCCCCCGGAGGUAUGGAGCAGAGAGACGGCGUGAGGUGUAUCAGCGAUUUGCGGCAGAUAACAUGGUUCCCGGAAGAUGUGGACACGAUGCACCCCUCAUUGCCUACGAUGCUUUACUGUCCUCAGAGUCCUGGGAGGACCUUUGCAACGGAGCCAUGUUCCACGGCGGUGACGGUAGCUCAAGCGGGUCCAUUGCGGCAAGCUGGUGGGGGCUCAUACACGGUCUGAUCGGCGUCCCUGACCGGCAUCACACUCAGGUCGAGUUCAGAGACAGACUUCUCGAUGUUGGAACUAAACUUUAUGCAAUGAGCUUCUAAUGUUAUGCAAGUAACCGCAAUUGUGUGCUUCCAGGUGCCUACAAAGACUUCAGGCCUGAGGUUUUUUAUAUCAGAUUAAAAUUAGUUUUUUUUUACCAAGUUUCUUCAGAGAGAGCCGUUUCUCACAUUGUGUUAUAAACAGGUCUUUUUUUGCUAGUAGAUAUUUUUUUAGUACCAACCAUAUUUGUCUAUUGCCUUUGAAUUAGUUUCCCAUGGCUCUUCGCAUAGCAACACGCACAAUAUCCGCGCCACCCUGCCGCCAUUUUGGGACUCCGAAAUGUACACAAAGAAUAUUUAGUCCCGAAAUAGUGGAAAUAGUCGACGUGCAUUGGGUGUUGCCGUAUGCUUUGGCACAAUCUCUGUUUAAAAUUAGAAGGGUAGGGACAUAUCAACAGAGAAUAUGUAUUGGAAACUAUCUUUACUGUUAUUUGUAAUCUUUAACUUUCCAAAUUGCACAAACCAUGCAUCUUUGAAUUUAGUUUUAUGACAACAAAGUGGUAGCUAUAUAUUGACGCAAAUUUCGUCGGCUUUACUCCUUCCAAAAAUGUGUACAUAAUACGGUUUCAGCAACUUCAGUGUAAGUGUUAUAUUCAUUAUUAAAACUUUGAGUGUGUGCUUAUAAACGAUGACAAUUCUUUUUAAAAGGAUAAUUUUAUUUCAGUUUAUAAUAUUGUUGUAGUAGGCCUACACAUAAAAUAUUGUGACAAUCGUUGUUGUUUUGUCUGUGCACCAUGUUAUGCUUAAAAAAAGGAGUGGCAUGACGUCCAUUUAAUUUUUGUAAUUCGCCAAUAAAUCACCGUUUAUAAAUAAUACAAUUAUUUUGUUUUUCUGUAUGCAAAGAGAGUAGGUGUAUGGAACACUUGUUGUAUGUGUGUGUUGUUGGGCCAAAAGCACUAGCCAUCCCCAAGCCUUUGCCCUGCCCCUCCCCUUUUAAAUCACCGUUUUUUAAACCUUAGUCAACCGAUCUAUGAUAUUUUCUAAAGAAUGUAAUUGUCUUGGACAAUAUCUAUUAUAAUAUAUACUUUUUAAAUGACUUAUUAAUUGAGCAAUAUACAUUGUGUCAAACAUUGUUUAAAUUUCGACAUGAAACAAUAAAUUAACGUGCAAAUGAGAAAACAAACUUUCAUUUGAUCUUGUUUAGACAUAAAUCCACGGGAAAAUGUAUAGAUAGUUAUUUUAUAGCAACGAAAGUUGUCGCUGUAUUAUAACGACAAGACUCCUUUUGUAUAGUUACGUAAAUUGGAACAGAAACCUCGAAAUUCAUUUCCGUUCCUGUUCAGGACGGCUUAUAUUCCUGUGUCUCGAAUGCAUCGCCAUAACGACGGUAACCGUGACAACAUAAACAACGAUUUCAAAUAUGGCCAGCACAACUAGAACUUGCCAGUUGUUGAAUACAGUCCAGUGGAUCCCAUAGCUGAGAGCCUUACUGCUUGUCGGUUUGGUGCUUCUCUCUAACCGGCUGGUCCGCUCGUCCACACCGGUAUUAUCUGAGAUAGUUCUUGGGAGGGUGGCAGUACUCUGGUCAUCGUCUGGCAGGUUGCUUUUUCUGGUCUCGUUUAUAGUAGUGGAUUUUGCGUCACCGACUUCGACUUUCUCUUUGUUAAGAGGU